AGUAGUGUCAUGGCGACGCGUUCCAUAGCCCAUCAGUAGCGCAGCCUUAGCAAAGCCUAUGUUUCUCCUAUCUACUUGCCCACAGUCGUACCCUAUUAAACACAAUAUGUACAUUUGAAACAUAGCAUAAAAGGCAUGGCUUAGGCAAAAAGCUUUUGGAUUCGGAGGAGUCUUUCAGGGACGUCAACCGUAUCACUAUUGCUGAUUCCACGAAUGUUCAGCAGCUGGAGCUGGAAGUCGGAAACCCUGCGAGCACUACCGCACGAGUCGCUGCAACUGCCACAGGUACUUCCACAGCCCUGGAGGUAACGCCUCUGGCAAAGGCGCCUGCUUUGGACAGCUUGAGCCCCAUAAGUCUAAACAGCACUGGCGCGUACCUGCCUGCUGAGCGCCGUGCUCUGCUGCAAGGCUCCAGCAUUGGCGUCUCAGAUAUAAUGGCGGUCAAGUACAGUGGCGUGGGUGGCCAAGCUGAGGUUCAGUUCUUGGACCGUGACAGCAACUGGAACAGCUUCUCACUGCAGCUGCCAACCGUGUUGGCUGGCGCCACGGCCGACAGCCACGUGUUCCUGCUCAGCCGCACCAACCUGGACCUCUUCGUCAUUCUUCAGCGCGGCAACAGCGGUUUCCGUGAGCUGCAUGUGCUCACCGCAGCCAGUAGCUACCAGUCGUUUUCACUGCAGGUGGCAAUGCCACAUCUCACUUUCGAUGAGUUCGCCUACUUGCUCGAUUCCCAAAACAACCUGGUGGCUGUCAAGUAUGUGGGCGAAACACUGAGCACCGAGCUGCACGUCCUCUCCCGUGCGAGCAACUACCAGUACUUCACGCUUCAGACGGGCACAGCUGUGCCAGUAAGCAGCCCCAGCACACACGCCUUCCUCUUGGACUCGGCGGACAACCUGCUCGUCGUAAAGUACAGUGGCACAAGCGGGCGCGCUGCAGUGCGGACCUUUUCCAAGGCGAGCAAGUACCAGACUGCGGUUGUGAGCGCAACCACCCCCCUCAGCGGCGCCACACGUGAUAGCUUCACCUUUCAGCUCAGCGCCAGUGAUGACUUGUUCGCUAUCAAAUAUGCUGGCGAUAGCAGCAGCACAGAGGUCCACGUUAUGUCCCGGACAAGCAACUACCAGGCUUGGGCGCUGCAGACGCGGACUGUGCUGCCCCAAACCGACCGCUUCAGCUUCUCCUUCCAAGUCGUCAAGGCCAACCCAUACAUUGUAAAACCGCCACCAUUCUCUCCACCACCGAGCCCACCGCCACCACCGCCGCCCAGCCCGCCACCACCACCACCGCCCAGCCCGCCACCACCACCGCCACCCAGGCCGCCACCACCACCCCCUACUGCACCAUCCCCACCACCAAGCCCGCCACCUACACUGCCGCCCAGCCCGUCGCUACCACAACCCCCCAAGGCGCCGCUGCUGCCACCACCAGCAGCACCACCAGCACCAUUACCGCCCCCUGAGUCUCCAAGCCCACCAUCGUCACCGCCGCUGCUGCCACCACCAGCAGCACCACCACCAAUAACACCACCACCUCCACCACCGCCCCCUGUGAAACCAUCAACACCACCUCCAACACCAAGGCCCCAGCCUCCACUGCUGCCAUCACCACCACCACCGUCAGACCCAACACCGCCGCCCCCCGAGUCUCCAAGCCCACCAUCGCCAUCGCCGCUGCUGCCACCACCACCAGCACCACCACCCGUACCACCACCACCUCCACAACUGCCCCUUGGCUCCAGCAUUGGCGUCUCAGAUAUAAUGGCGGUCAAGUACAGUGGCGUGGGUGGCCAAGCUGAGGUUCACUUCUUGGACCGUGACAGCAAUUGGAACAGCUUCUCACUGCAGCUGCCAACCGUGUUGGCUAACGCCACGGCCGACAGCCACGUGUUCCUGCUCAGCCGCACCAACCUGGACCUCUUCGUCAUUGUUCAGCGCGGCAACAGCGGUUUCCGUGAGCUGCAAGUCCUCACCGCAGCCAGUAGCUACCAGUCGUUUUCACUGCAGGUGGCAAUGCCACAGCUCACUUUCGAUGAGUUCGCCUACUUGCUCGAUUACCAAAACAACCUGGUGGUCGUCAAGUAUAAGGGCGAAUAUAGCACCGAGCUGUACGUCCUCUCACGUGAGAGCAACUACCAGUCCUUCAUGCUUCAGACGAGCACAGGUGUGCCAGUAAGCAGCCCCAGCACACACGCCUUCCUGUUGGACUCGGACGACUACCUGGUUGUCGUCGAAUUCAGUGGCACAAGCGGGCGCACUGAGGUGCAGACCUUUUCGCCGUAUAGACUGUACAACAUGCCUCAUGUGCAGAGCGCCAUUAUCCCCCUCACUGGCGUCACACGUGAUAGCUUCACCUUUCAGCUCAGCGACAAUAAUGAUUUGUUCGCUAUCAAAUAUGCUGGCGAUAGUGGCAGCACUGAGGUCAGCGUGCUGCCCAUGAUAUGGAACUACCAGGCUCUGUUGCUGCAGACUGGGACUGCGCUGCCCCGGACCAACCGCUCCAGCUUCUCCUUCCAAGUCGUCCGAUAUUGGUGAGGAAUGAACAAGCAAGUAUUCUGGUGUGUUCGGCAUUUUCCAUAAUGCUGUGCGGAUAGAUGACAGCUACUUUGUUCCAAACGCAGACUUUUCUAGAGUGAAGGAACGAACGUUAGAAAAGGCUGGUUCUUGGUGGAAUGAAUAUAACGAUGUUAGUUGUACGUACGGCAUAAAUGCCUCCUUCUUAUUGGCAGCUUGCCCCCGUUUUCGGCAUCUGCCUUUGUAGUAGCAUAAUCGAGUGUUUGUUAGGCCCUUCUGCCAGGGCUUUUAGGUGUAGUUUCCCGCCCGCCUCCCCGUGCUGUCCGCCGCGGGCCGGCCAUGGCCGGGAGGAGAGAGGGUUGGGGUGCGGUCGCUCGCGUGGACUUGUGGGACGCGCUUGUUGCGGCUGCGGCGGCUCUAUGGCCGCCGGCGUUUUGCCACUCGCGGUUCGCGCGGGUUUACCUUCGUGCUUGCCUGUGCUCGGGAGGGGGCGCUUGCCCGCCCGGUGCGUGCCGCGCGUUCGUCUCAGGGUGUUUUGUUUGCCCUGGGGGCCUCGUGCUGUCUCGUUGGCGAGGUGGUGCGACUCGAGGCACAGAUGGCCACUGGUUCAAUGUGAAAAACGCUCACUUUGCAGGGUUACAGGCUGUGGAGACUUGAGAGGAGGUCCGUGAAUUGUAACGAUGAUGAUUGGAAUCCAAGAAGUAGUAUAAAUCCCAGCCCCGCCAGCUGUCAGGUCUCAUGCAAUGUCCAUCAUCAGCGUAGCGCAGCGUUUCAGGCUUGCGAUACGGCCUGUUUCGGUGUCACUAUCUAUUAACAACUUGGUUAUCUGCUGUUGGAUUUAUUUAGGUAGGAUGUACGAGCGUAUCUUGGCUUCUUGAGCCCAAAUGUGCCGUGUGCCUUUAUUCUUAGGCUGAGAUGUGGUCUAGCGGACACCUUUGCAGUUGCUGUUUACUUGCUAGAGCCCAAUACCGGGACUACCCACUGUGGGAUCGUCGUCCCAGUACUGGAUUGGGUGUAACGUAUGCACCUGAGA